UGUAUCCGUUAAGGGUAGAUGUCAAAUACUCAGACGCGCAGCGAUGACGCAGUCUAAUAAACGGUUGUAACGGACGUGCAUCUUUUAUUUAGCAGUGGCGAACGCGGAAAAUAAAAUAUCACAUUUUGGACACUAAAGUGCGUAAAUAGUUAAAAAAAUGUCGGUCGGACAAAUGCGGGAGUUUGUGCUGAAAAGUGGUAACUGGUCAGGUUAUGUGGAAAGACUGGAAAUGUACUUUUUAGUAAAUAAAGUGUCGGAGGAUUUAAAAUUGCCAACGUUAAUUUCCGUUAUGGGGGAAGAAUCAUAUGAACUGUUGUCAACGUUAUCCAGCCCUAAGAAACCUUCAGAAUUAACGUACACAAAAGCUGUGGAACUAUUAGAAACUCAUUUGCAACCUAAACCGUCGGUACUAGCCGAAAGGUACAAAUUUCGGCAGCGGCGGCAGCUCAACAACGAAUCAAUAUCGGAUUACGUAACCGAGUUAAAAAAGUUGUCAAAGAACUGUGAAUUUAAAACUUCAUUAGAUGAGAAUCUUCGCGACCAACUUGUUUGUGGAAUAAAAAGCGAUAUCAUAAGACAACGUUUGUUUGCAGAAGAAGGUUUACUCUAUAGUCGAGCUGUUUCGUUGGCAUUUUCAUUGGAAGCGGCGGAGCGGGACGCGAUGGCCGUGGAGCGCGGGAGCGACCAGUUGUCGGAGGGAGUGCACAAGAUGCAUCUUACCGAGUGUCCAAAGUGUGGAGACAGUAGGCAUCGGACCACCGAUUGCCCAUACAAGGAUUACGUGUGCAGCCUAUGUCAAGAACUCGGUCACUUGAGACGAAUGUGUCCAAGGAGAGGAUCCAGGAGUGUGGACUACAACCAAGGGAGGUGGCCAGGAAUGGCGGGAGCAGCUGGGGGCCACUACGAACAGCGAGCGGCACGCGGGCGCGGGGCGCGCGGCGGCGGGGGCUCGUGGCGCGGCGCGGGGCGCGGGCGGCGCGGCGCGGGGCGCGGGGGGCGGCCGGCCCCACUCAACUUGCUGGUCGAGCAAGGCGAUGACGUCACGGCGGACUGCCCAGCUGAUGAGUCGUGCAGCUAUCCGGACGAGUUUAAAGAAGAAGAGCCUAUGUACCAAAUGUCGUUAGGCCAAUAUAAACCGGCAUAAGUCGCUGUUUGAUGGCACAUUGGGCAAAUACACGGGAGGUCAAGCGGAUCUGUGCGUGCGAGAGGGCGCGCAGCCAAUAUUCUGUCGCGCGCGGCCGCUGCCCUACGCCCUGAAGGCGCGGGUGGACCGCGAGCUGGACGCCAUGCUCGCCGCCGGCGUCGUGGAGCCCGUCACGCGCUCCGACUGGGCCACGCCACUCGUCGUGGUCAACAAAGCUGAUGGGGGCUUGAGAAUAUGUGCCGACUACAAGGUAACCCUGAACAGAGUCUUAGAGGUUGACAGAUUUCCAGUACCAAAAGUGGAUGAUUUGUUUAGUAAUCUAAGCGGGAAUAAAUAUUUCACCAAAAUAGAUCUCUCACAUAUAAUCAUAUAUUAUUAUCUGAAGAUUCUAGACGGUACACGGUGAUUAAUACACACAGGGGAUUGUUUAAAUAUACGAGGCUAGUCUAUGGCUUGUCAUCAAGUCCGGGAAUUUUUCAAAAGAUGAUGGUUUCCUUGUUUCAAAACGUACCUGAUGUUAUCGUAUUUUAUGACGAUAUUCUAAUAAAAAGUAAGGAUUUUGAUGGUCAUCUGAAUUCCUUAAGGGAAGUUUUUAAAAUCUUAGAAGAGAAUGGUUUAAAAAUAAAGAGGAGCAAAUGUGAUUUUUUUGCAAAAGAGGUCAAAUAUUUAGGAUUUAUAAUCGAUGUAAAUGGGGUCCGCGUAGACCCAGAGAAGGUUAAAGCGAUAACGACUAUGCCACCGCCUAGCACAGUUACAGAGUUAAAGUCUUUCAUAGGAAUGGUAAUGUUUUAUGGAAAAUUUAUUAAGAAUUUGAGCACUCAUUUAGCACCUCUAUACGAGCUAUUAAGAAAGGGUAAGCAUUGGAGAUGGGGUGUAGAACAAAACGUAGCUUUCGAAAAAAUAAAAAAGCUAUUAUGCAGUACGGAGGCUCUAGUGCACUUUGACAUGGAACAGGAGUCGGUGCUGACGGUAGACGCGAGCGCGCGGGGGCUCGGCGCCGUGCUGUCCCAGCGGGGCGCGGGGGGCGCCGAGCGGGUCGUCGCCUACGCCUCGCGGUCGCUGGGGCCGCAUGAGAUCCAUUAUAGCCAAAUUCAUAAGGAGGCGUUGGCUAUUGUGUUCGCAGUUGACAAGUUUCACCAGUAUUUAUUCGGUAGAAAGUUUCUUCUGCGUACAGAUCACAAACCUCUGGUCAGUAUAUUUGGCCCCAACAUUGGUAUUCCGAGAGCAGCAGCCAGUAGACUACAGCGUUGGGCAAUUAAGCUGUCGGCUUAUGAUUUUACCAUUGAGUAUGUUAAAACAGAUAAAAAUACGGCGGAUGUUUUAUCGAGAUUAAUUAAUUCUCAAAAAGAAGUGGUUGCGUCAGAAAAUAACGAUUUACCGGAACAAACUUAUCUGCAUUUCUCAACGGACGCAUUGUUACUGGAUUACAAUGUUUUAAAAAAAGAAACACGCGGUGACCCAAUUUUAAGUAGGGUUUUAAGUUAUAUAGUAGAUGGUUGGCCGGUAGAAGUAGAUAUUAAGGAACUUAAACCUUAUUUUAACAGAAGAACAGAACUAUACACAGAACUUGGAUGCAUUAUGUGGGGACACCGAGUUGUCAUACCAACUGCAUGCAGGGCGAAGGUAAUGACUGAACUACAUGACCCACAUAUGGGCAUUGUUAAAACCAAGUCUCUUGCCCGUAGUUACGUAUGGUGGCCGGGGGUGGACGAGGCCGUGGAGGCGGCCUGCCGGCAGUGCGCCGUGUGCGCGGCGGUGGCCGACGCGCCGCCGGGACACGCUCCACGCUCAUGGCCGUGGCCAUCGAGACCCUGGUCCAGAUUACAUCUAGAUUUCUUAGGACCAAUAGAAGGGCUGACCUAUUUAGUGGUAGUAGACUCAUGUUCCAAAUGGAUAGAGGCGAUUCGAAUGAAAAGAACUACGGCUCAAGCGGUGAUAACAGUACUCAGGGAUAUAUGGGCAAAAUUUGGCCUGCCAAAACAAACCGUAAGUGAUAACGGGCCGCCGUUUUCAAGUGUAGAAUUUCAACAAUUUUUAAGUCAUAAUGGUAUUGAACACAUAUUUUCGUCACCGUAUCAUCCGGCAUCUAACGGCGCCGCUGAAAAUGCGGUAAAAAUCUGCAAACGGGCUAUUAAAAAGGCAUUAAAACAGAAGUUAGAUGUAGAUGUUGCUCUUAAUAGAUUUUUGUUAGCAUAUAGGAACACAGAACAUGAAACUACAGGUGACAGUCCAGCGAGCAUAUUGCAAGGGCGGAACCUUCGCAUGAGGUUAGAUAAUUUGAAACCGGACAGAGAAGCUCGAGUGGCCACUCGACAGGCACGCAGUGAGGCCCUGGCGGGGGGGGCGCAGCGCCAGCUCGACGUGGGUGCCCCGGUGUGGUACCGAGAGUACCGCAGCGUAGAUAAAUGGGUAGCGGGUACAAUCGUUGAUAAAUUAGGAAACACCGAUUACCGUGUGCGAUCUAUUUUUGGUACUGAAAUCCACAGGCAUAUUGAUCAACUGAGACUCAGGUUUACGGGUGCUGUAGAGGGUACAUCUUCUGACAGACAAGCAAGUGUAGAUCUUAGACAAGUAGAAAAGACUAGAUGUUCACGUAAAUCGUUAACGUUUCCCAUAGCGAGUGGCGAGGAGACGGAAGGAGACGUGAGCGCAGCCCCGGGGUCGCCGCCGGUGGAAGAGGUGGCAACUUCACCUCAAACUAGCUCUUCGUAUCAGCCCAAUGUGCCAGAAAAUAUCGACGUGUGCACUGGUAGUAGUAGUACCGAGAGUACAACACGCAGAUACCCAUUAAGAGAUCGUAAACAGGUUGUUCGUUAUGGUUUUCAAGAAAUUGAUUAGUUAACUAGUAAUAGCCUAUAUGUCAAUACUACUAUUGUAAUACCUAACAGUUAAAAUGUAUACUUACUUACUUAAGUACUGAAAAUUGUAAAUUAUAUUAAACGUUAUAUUAUAAAUAAGGAGCUAAUUAACUUUCAAAACUAUACAAGAUUGUUUUUUGGUCUGUUACUAUCAAUAUUUAGUUAUGUAAGAUUAAGUGAUUAUCUAAUUUCGACGAUCUCGAUCAGUAGGCAUAAUUAGAGUAUCCAUUGUUGAUUAGUAAUUAAGGGUGGAGGUGUUGUGUAUCAAUAUUGUAUCCGUUAAGGGUAGAUGUCAAAUACUCAGACGCGCAGCGAUGACGCAGUCUAAUAAACGGUUGUAACGGA